AUCUGGAAUAUCAAGCAGAUGAUAAAGUUGACACAAGAGCACAUCGAAGCCCUCCUGGACAAAUUUGGAGGCGAGCACAACCCCCCCUCAAUAUAUGUCGAAGCUUAUGAAGAGUACACAAACAAGCUCGAUGCCCUCCAGCAGAGGGAGCAGCAGUUACUGGAGUCAAUGGGGAACGGCACGGACUCUUCUUCCCUGUCUUCAGAAAUGACUCUCUCCUCUGUCCCCUCCACUUUGUCUCUAGCGCCUUCAUCUUUAUCCGUCCUACAGAAUCCCUCCGACCUCUCCCGAAUUAACCCUAAAUCUCCUCAGAAACCUAUCGUUCGAGUCUUCCUACCUAACAAACAGCGCACAGUGGUACCGGCCCGGUGUGGUGUUACUGUACGGGACAGUCUAAAGAAAGCGCUGAUGAUGCGAGGUCUUAUCCCAGAAUGCUGUGCGGUGUACAGGGUCCAAGACGGGGAAAAGAAACCAAUCGGCUGGGACACAGACAUCAGCUGGCUGACUGGGGAGGAGCUGCACGUGGAAGUUCUGGAGAACGUACCGCUCACCACCCAUAACUUUGUACGAAAAACCUUCUUUACUUUAGCGUUCUGUGACUUUUGUCGGAAGCUGCUAUUCCAGGGUUUUCGCUGUCAGACGUGCGGGUACAAGUUCCACCAGCGAUGCAGCACAGAGGUCCCACUCAUGUGCGUCAACUACGACCGACUCGAUUUGCUGUUUGUCUCCAAGUUCUUUGAACACCACCCAAUAUCUCAGGAUGAAGGUCCCUUCGAGGAGGUCACCCAAGCCGUCGAAUCCUGUUCGCCCUCAUCCCCCCCAUAUGUCAGCGGGCCUUCCAGCCUCCAAAGUAGUUCUCCGUCCAAGUCCAUUCCCAUUCCCCAGCCAUUCCGACCAGCAGAUGAAGACCACAGAAACCAGUUUGGCCAGCGGGACCGGUCAUCCUCUGCCCCCAAUGUUCACAUCAACACCAUUGAGCCUGUUAAUAUUGAUGACUUAAUCCGGGACCAGGGCCUUCAGCGCAGUGAGGGAGCCCCCCAGGUCCAGCCGACCCGCUGCCUUCGGAAAUACCACUCACGGAACCCCAGCCCACUCCUCCAUUCUCUCCCCAGUGAAAUAGUCUUUGAUUUUGAGUCUGACCAUGUUUGCAGAGGCUCAACUCCAGGCUUAUCGGCAACCCCUCCGGCCUCCCUGCCCGGAUCCCUCUCCAGCGUCAAGGCUCUGCAGAAAUCGCCCGGUCAGCAGAGGGAGCGCAAAUCCUCCUCCUCCUCCACAGAAGACAGGAGUCGGAUGAAAACACUCGGACGUAGAGACUCCAGCGACGACUGGGAAAUCCCAGACGGGCAGAUCACAGUGGGACAGAGGAUAGGAUCUGGUUCAUUUGGGACUGUAUAUAAGGGAAAGUGGCAUGGUGAUGUAGCUGUAAAAAUGUUGAAUGUAACUGCACCGACGCCUCAGCAACUACAGGCCUUUAAAAAUGAAGUUGGAGUGCUCAGGAAAACUCGGCAUGUAAACAUCCUGCUCUUCAUGGGUUAUUCCACCAAACCCCAGCUGGCAAUAGUGACGCAAUGGUGCGAGGGCUCCAGCCUCUAUCACCACCUUCACAUCAUAGAGACCAAAUUCGAGAUGAUUAAGCUUAUCGAUAUUGCACGGCAGACAGCACAAGGCAUGGACUACUUGCACGCCAAGUCGAUCAUCCACCGAGAUCUGAAAAGCAAUAAUAUUUUUCUUCAUGAAGACCUCACGGUAAAGAUCGGUGACUUCGGCCUAGCCACAGUGAAGUCUCGGUGGAGCGGCUCUCACCAAUUUGAACAGUUAUCGGGCUCCAUUUUAUGGAUGGCCCCGGAGGUGAUCAGAAUGCAGGACAAGAAUCCUUACAGCUUUCAGUCGGAUGUCUACGCUUUUGGAAUAGUUUUAUACGAAUUAAUGACCGGGCAGCUACCGUAUCAGAAUAUCAACAACCGCGAUCAGAUUAUUUUCAUGGUGGGAAGAGGAUAUUUAUCUCCAGACCUCAGCAAAGUGCGGAGUAACUGUCCCAAAGCAAUGAAGAGGUUAAUGGCUGACUGUCUAAAGAAGAAGCGGGAUGAGCGGCCCUUAUUUCCACAGAUUCUUGCCUCCAUUGAACUCCUGGCCCGGUCAUUGCCAAAAAUUCACCGCAGUGCAUCUGAGCCGUCGUUGAACAGAGCCGGCUUCCAGACAGAGGACUUCAGUCUGUACGCUUGUGCUUCUCCAAAAACGCCCAUCCAGGCCGGUGGAUAUGGAGAAUUUACAGCCUUCAAGUAACGGCACAGUCAGCACAAGCACUUCUGUUACUACUUUGUCUCGUGUUCCUCUAGUUUCUUAGCGCUGGGACUACAUUACAAAAAAUAAGUAAAAACAUGCAGAUAAUACACCCAUAUUGUAAGAGGGAGCAGCAUGACCCAUCAGAGGAAAAAAAAUGGGGGGUGGUGGGAGGGGAAAGAGACCAGCUGAAUCGCCUGUGUUCCUCUGGGGCGUGGCUCAGCACUGCUCUUUGGAAUGCCCCACAGAGGAGUAGUCUUGGCAAAGAGGAGGCAGAUCUUUCUUCAUUGCAGAGACUCUUUUUCUGGCUGUCUAAAAUACUAACCCACACCUUCUUUGUGGAUCCUGCUCCGAUCAAGAUGGGAAAUGUCUGCAAAAUUUUUUUCUGUUUAUGUCUUUUUGGGAAAUAAAAUGCUGGAUCUCCAUAUAUCCCCCUCACCAGUGAUUUUCUGCUGGUACGGUAAAAGCUCAUUCAGUAACAUACCAUCUAGACUAGAAAUUGGUCCUUCAAGUCACAAAGACCUAAUCAUGACACACUAUGGCCACCAAGCAAGUGGGGCUGAGCUGCAAUACUAGAUACAGCCCCUGGACAAGAGUGGCGCUGUUUCUCAGGGGGCAGCACCAAUAGACUUACUUUCCUUAGCUCUUGUAGGACUUUUAGUUACCAUCUUGGGGGUGGGGCAUGAGAUUAGACUUCAUUUUUAGAUCAUUAAACCACUUCCCCAACCCCUGCUUGUAUGCACUUAUGGUAUUAAUGCUUCCAAUCUACAAUUUUUUUUAAUUCGGAUCUGCACGUGGUUGUUUCUAUCACGGGCAGAACCCACAGGUCUCUUGUUCUCCAGUGGAGAGCAUUUGGUCUUUACUUACUGCGGGAUGAGCAGCGAUGGACAUACCCAUCAGCUUUCCUUAUGCAGGGGCGGGGUAACUCUAAUGUCUAUGGUCUGACCACACAAUAGUUUACUACUGGAUGAAGUGGAGAUUCUGCAUUUUAUUUCAUGUCUAACAACUUAAUGCAAAAAUUAUCCACCUCUCCUUAUUUUAAUACAUCCAUUAUCAUGUUCUGCGGGGGAGGGGCUAAGAAGAAUCUGUUGCCUACAUUCUCUUUUCUCAUCGGCUCCGGUAUUUUAUUCCUUUUUUGGUGAGGCCUUGCAUGGACAUGGAGUGGAACUGUUUGUGUUUUCUGAAUUUUUUUUAAAUUCAGUUCAUAUCCUGCAAGGUUAAUUUGUGGCUCCCAAAACCAAUAAGAUUUGCAUUCCCUGCUGAGUGGUCACAUGAUCACAGUAAACCCCUCCCCUGAUUAAGUUCUUUUCUUGGUCUCUCUCUCUUGUGCUGUUACUUUGAAAUCCCUGAAAGAUGUGCCCUAGUAGAGCAAAUCAUUCGAAUUCACUCUCCUGUCUUGGAUUCCCCUGACAAGAAAAUGUGAUUUUUUGAAAUUUUUUUUCCGCUUGGCCAAUGACACCCGUAAAAGACCGGGCAGAUUUUAGUGUGUGAGCGUACGUCUGUGAGUGUUCAUGCUACUGGUAUCAAUGUUACGACUAAAAUAUUUAUACUCCAAAGCCUAAACCAGUAGCUACCGACGAGGUCAUAUUUUAUUUUCCUUUUUGUACAGUUGAAUAAUUUUUUGUUUUGUUGUUUUAAUUUUUUUUGUUUUUCAUUUUAAAUUGCUAUUUAUUUAAUUUAUUUUGCUAUGUAAAUGUGGAACGUUUUGGAGUUCGGCCAGAGUUUGUAUAUGAAAACUAGACCAGUUGCUUGUGUAAUGGACUUGCCUCCCCUCUUUUCUGUCAUUGCUUGACCUUUUAUGUUGGGUUCCGUCUGCGGGACGGACGCCAUGUUGUGGCCGCGACAUAAACUGCCCCGGUAACCCAUGUACAUAUCUUUUUAGAAUAUUCACAGAUAUUCACUACUUUGAAACACAUUUUAAGAAGAAGAAUCUGUUUUUAGUUUUGUUUUUUUCGUGUGUUGACUUUUUUUUUUUUUUUAAUCCACUAAAAUGCAAGAAUAUUUUUUUCUUAUUUUUUUUAGAGAAUUUUUCUUUAUUUUAGUAAUACAAAAUUAAGGGAUUUAGUUGGUAUUAAUUAUUUUUUUAAAUCCAUAAAACCCUAAAAAAAUCCAAUUUUUUUUUUUUUUUAAAUAUCACUGAAAUCCUUUUUUUUUUUAUUUUACUUUUUAUUUUAUUCCCAUAGUGAUGCCACUAGUUUUUACUAGGAUAGUCUGGUAAAAAGUCUCAGAAAACCCCUUUUAAAGGGUUGUCCAGGAUAAGAGAUAUAUAAUAUAAUAUAUAUAUAUAUAUAUAAUAUAUAUUCAUUCUCUAUAUAACAGCUCCACCCCUGUCCAGCGUAGUUCCAUUUAUGUAAAUGGAGCCAAGUUGUAAUACCAAACAGGUGUGGCCCUGUUUUUGGAAGUUAGUCAUUCUAGUCUUUCUAUUUUUGGAUACAUUCUUUAUCCAAGGGGUUCACUAAUACAUUUGUGCAGUGCAAUGUUCUCCAACACUCAGGUUUGUGAGAUAAAAAAAAAUUUAUUUAAUGCACAGGACUGAAUUUUUCCCAAAAGUUUUUUAUUUUAAUUUUUUCCUCCCUAUAAUGCAUCAAGGAAAUUUAUCUCCAAGGAGAACAAAUACCAUGUUUUCGAGUCUUCUUCUUCCUGUGUGUAUCUACAUACAGCACGUCUCCAGCACUGGGUCUUGUAUCGGAAGGUUCCAAUAAUAAUCAUGAUGACGAUGAUAAUAAUGCACCCGUAUAAACCUAAUUCUAUGUUGCUGUACAUAACUGUCAGUCACUGACUUACAGUGCACAUUCAGGUUGGAAAUACUGGGGGAUAUGUAUAAAAGUGGUGUGUAAAUUAUAAUAAAGACCAUAUUUCCAAAUGUC